UUAAUUGAUCCCCUCUUGCUGUAGUCUUAGCCUCUCCAAAAACUCCAAUAUUUUCUCUCUCUUAAAAAAAAAACCCUUAUUUUCUCUUUCUAAAAUCUAUUGAAUUGAAAAAAAAUUGAAAAAAUUGGAAAAAAAGUUUAAAAAAAAGGAAACAAAAAAAAUGGGAUUGUCGAAUUUCCCAAGUCCAGCAGAAGGCGUUUUACCCGUGUUAGUAAUGAACACAGUAAUGUCAGUAGCAAUCCUAAAGAAUUUACUGCGGUCAUUUCUUCAAUUAGUAGGGGCAGUAAAUUGGGUUACGAGUAAUUUCGAGACGAAUCCAACAACAUCCACGGUAACAGCAUCGACCGCGACAAUAACAACAACAAGUAGUAUAAGUGAGACGAGGCGAUUAAGGGGUAUUUCAAUUACCCAAUUCAAGUAUUUGUGUGCUACCAAUAACAAUAGUUACCGCGGUAAAAAUAAAAAUAUUCAAGACGAAGAUAUGAAAAAUGGGAUAGAAGGAGAGUGCUGUGUUUGUUUAUGUAAAUUUGAAGAUGAAGAAGAGGUGAGUGAAUUAUCUUGCAAGCAUUUCUUUCAUAGAAAUUGCUUGGAAAAGUGGUUUGAUAAUCAUCAUACUACUUGUCCACUUUGCAGAUCCAUCCACUAAAUUAAACAAACCUUUAAUUUUAAUUUUUUUUUUAAUUUGGAGGAUAAUUUAGGUGGGUGGUUGAGGAUGAGGAUGACCACACUUUUUUUUUUUUUUUUUUUGGGGAGACUUUUUGA